UUCAGACUCUCAGAAUUCAGACCUGAGAGAGCGAGCAGUGAGAGUGAGAUGGACAGGGGACAGACAGGAGAGAGAGAGAAAUGCAGCAUGCAGACUGAAGUAUGACGUUUAGUCUGACAUCAGUUUAAUUACAGUUUCCUUUAAGAGUGCGAGUCACAGACAGACCGACUAGAGAAAGGGAGGCACUGGAGCCGUGUAGGCAAGCAUCUGGACAUUUCACAUCUGCACAGACUCAGGAAGAAUGACUCCAACUACAAGCAUUCCAGACUUUAGCACCACAGCUUUAUAUGGAGACCAAAACAACACCAAUGGCACUGCCUGUCCUGAAACGGAUGCCUGGGAAUGGCUCAGCAGCAGUCAGCCAGUGUAUAUCCUGAUCAUUACAGUGCUGGGAAUUGUUUUUAAUGUGUUUGUCCUGAUGGUCUUCUGCCUCCACAAGAAAGCCUGCACCGUGCCUGAGAUCUACUUGAGCAACCUGGCUGCUGCUGAUGUUGUUCUGCUGUCCUGUUUACCUUUCUGGGCUGUAAACAUUUACAACAAUUUCGACUGGCCUUUUGGUCUGUUCAUGUGCAAAGCUGCCACUCUGGGCAUUAAGAUGAACGCCUACUGCAGCAUCUACUUCCUCGUUCUGGUUAGCAUGGAUCGCUAUGUGGCACUGGUGCAUACGAUGUCUCAUGGUAGAAUGCGUAGGCCAAAAUAUGCCAAACUGGGCUGUCUACUGGUGUGGGGUUUUGGAUUGCUCUUGAGUGUCCCCACCCUCAUCUUCAGGAAAGUGGAACACUUCCCUGAGUACGGUGUCCAUGCUUGCUUUCUGGAAUACCCAAACCACGCGGUAGAACUGUUCUGUGAUGGGAUGUUGGUUGUUGUUAGCUUCGUCAUCCCCAUUUCAGUUAUCUCAUUCUGCACUAUCAAGAUUAUUCAGGCUUUGAAGAUCCAGGCAGUAGAGAGGUUCAAUGCUGAGAAAACAGAACAGAAGGCCACCACACUGGUGCUGGUGGUCCUCCUGGCAUUCCUCAUCUGCUGGGUGCCAUUCCACUUGGUCACCACCCUGGACGUGCUGUUACGAGCUAAGGUCCUGGAAGGUUGUCACCUCAAUACUGUCCUAGAUAUCUGCAACCAGGUCUUCACCUACUUAGCCUUCUUUAACAGUGUUCUCAACCCCAUCCUCUACGUCAUUGUGGGAAAGAACUUCCGGAAAAAAGUUCGUGAAGUUUUUAAGCAGUGGAGCAAUAAGAAAACGGCGUCUUCUGAGUCUACACGUUCAAACCAAUCCUCUACACUGAAGACUUUGGCAUGAAAUUCAACCUUCAAAAGCACAGCUCUUCUCAUAAACAGACUUUGUAGAAACUGUCAUAAACAGUAACUUUAGUAACAGUAAUUGUCUUGCUACAAUGUAAAUGAUGAUUGAUUAGGUUUGUAACUCUGUUGUAAUGGGACCAAAUCACGCUUCCUGAAAUUAUUCUUUGAUGAGACAUUAUUGUGUGAGGCCAUAAAAGACUGGAAUAAAUGUUCCUUCCUGGAGAAGGUGUUACAGGUCGCUAAGUGUUAUUGUGUCUCAACCAUGUUAAAGUAUAUGAUAAGCUGGAAAAACUGGCCACAUGCAAUUAUUUUUCCUGCUUUACAAGUUCCACCACAGCUUUAAUACCCUUUGUUACAAACAUUGGUGAGCAUCAGUAUUUUGAAUGUACAGUUGAUGUGAUCUAAAUUAGCCUGGUUGCUUUAUGUAAAUACAGUUUUCAUACUCGGUCUUGUAUUGCUGAUAACUCAGACUGUAAAUAGUACCAGUAUUUGUUUUUGUCUGUAAAUAAAUAAUCCUUCAAAUAAAACAUAUAUAUGGUU